AGAAAAUUGCAACACACCAACAUGGUUCGUCUGACGGUCUUAGCCGGACUGUCUCUUCUGAUAUGUCUUCAAACUGUUUCCUCGACCAAGCUGGUGUGCUACUUUACCAACUGGUCCCAGUACCGACCAGGCGUAGGGAAAUAUGUUCCUGAAAACGUGGAUCCAAACCUCUGCACACAUCUUAUCUAUGCCUUCUCAAUAAUUAGCUCUUCUAAUGAGCUGAUAACGUUUGAGUGGAAUGAUGAGGUUCUUUAUAAAUCCUUUAAUGCACUAAAAAUCAGAAACCCUCAGCUAAAGACUCUGUUGGCUGUUGGUGGGUGGAACUUUGGAACAACCCAAUUUACCAUCAUGGCUUCAUCUCCCACCAACCGCCAGGUGUUCAUCCAGUCUUCCAUCAAAUUUCUGAGACAGCAUGGCUUUGAUGGACUGGACCUGGACUGGGAGUACCCUGGAGCAAGAGGAAGUCCGUUAGAAGACAAGAAGAGGUUCACGGUGCUCCUCCAGGAAUUGCUUGCGGCUUUUGAAAAAGAGGCAGCUGAGACCAAGAGGCCACGGCUGCUGCUCACAGCUGCGGUGGCAGGAGGGAAGGGGAACAUUGACAAUGGUUAUGAGAUCGCUGACGUGUCCAAGUUACUAGACUUUUUAAAUAUCAUGACCUAUGACCUCCACGGAGCCUGGGAUCCAAACACUGGCCACAACAGCCCUCUGUUCGGCAGCGCUUCUGAUCAAGGCGAACACAUAUACUUCAAUAUUGACUUUGCCAUGAAGUAUUGGAGAGAUCAAGGAGCUCCUGCUGAAAAACUCUUGGUUGGUUUUCCCACUUACGGACGCACGUUUCGCACAGCAUCAGCUGACCAAGGUCUUGGAGCACCAGCUAGUGGACCAGCCUCUGCCGGGCCCUAUACCCGAGAGGCUGGGUUUUGGUCCUACUAUGAGGUCUGCACGUUCCUCGAUGGAGCCACUACACACUGGAUUGAUGAACAAAAGGUGCCGUAUGCAGUCAAAGGCAACGAGUGGGUGGGCUUCGACAACAAGCAGAGCUAUGAAAUCAAGGCACAAUACGUGAAAGAUAACAAAUUUGGAGGAGCAUUUAUCUGGUCUCUGGAUUUGGAUGAUUUUGGUGGACACUUCUGUGGUCAAGGGAACUACCCCCUCAUCGGUUAUCUGCGCUCUCUUCUUGAUUCAGAUUUUCCACCUCCUCCUCCUGUUACCACACCUCCACCAUCGGCCUCCACCACAAGCGGCCCCAGCCCAGCUACUCCUACAACUGGUACCAGCACGACCUCUGGCAGAACCACCACAACUGCUGCUUCUGGAAGUGGGUUCUGCUCCGGAAAGGCUGAUGGACUCUACAGUAAUGAGAAGGAUAGCACCUCGUUCUACCACUGUUCCCAGGAAAACACAUUCGUACAGAAAUGCCCAACUCAUCUUGUUUUCAAUGAUAAAUGCAAAUGCUGUGACUGGCCAUAAAGAAAUGUUUUAUUUGUUAAAAAUAAACGUGUCAUGUUUGGUCUGUAAAAGCCACACAAGCAGAAUAU